AUGGGCUUUGAAUUGACAGCGAUCGAGAUUGCAGCCAUAGGAGCAGCAGGCACGGCCGUUCUGGUAGUCAUCAUCUUCAUCGUCUACUCGAUCCGCCGCCGUCGGACGAUCAAAUCGAAGAAUCAGCUUUCACCUGGUUCGUCCAGAGCGCGAGGCUCUCCAGGUAAAGCUUGGGGUUUCAGUAAGUGGAAUUCAACGCCAGCCGGCACACCUUCUCCAGCUGGUACAGGAAUUAUUGGCGUGGGACUCACUCCCCCGUAUCCCUCUUGUCCUCUCCAAACGCCUCCUUCUUCUGGACCGCUGAAUCCUGAGCCGGGUCUCACACCUGGUCCGAGUACAUCACCUUCGACAGGCUUGUUGAGUCUUUUGACGCCAGCAUCCUCUUCAUCUAACAAGCUCAAAAAGACGACGGGAUCUCCAGUGGUACGGGCAAAAAGCCCGAGAUCUCCCAAGACUCGGAACAAGACAAAAGGUCGAAAGGCAGCAGCUGGAGAAAUGGUGAACGGUAUUUCACCGAGCGAUUCGUUUCAUCGACCUGAAAGUCAAGACAUGGUCAUGGUGACGUACGAGGAAGGACUGGCCAAUAUGGGGAUGGUGAGACCUCCUCACAUUUUGAGGUAUUCUGAACCGCCGGCAUUCGAAGAAGCUCGACAGGCUUAUCCAAUCACUGGCACAUCGUCCGAUUCAUCAGCAGGAGAGUCGGCUCUCGUCGUCCGUGGUGAGACGCCUCAGCGUUGGGACAGAGGCGAUGAGCCGUCAGUUGGUCAGAGCGGAACAAGACGCCAAUAUCGACGCAAGCAGCAGAAUCGAGAACCGAAGCAACAGGCCGAACAUGAUAGACUGUAUCCUCGUGCAGAGCGAUCUGGGCGAAAGAAGCACAGGAAAGGGCGGAGGGAUGAUGAAGAUGAUCAGAGCACUUGGCUGCCAAGCUAUUACCAUUCACCAGAGGCGAAUAGGCGGAGAGCAGAUGGUGGAGAAAGUGAUUUGAGUUACAGACGUGAAGGAGGAGGAGGAGGAGGAGGAGGAGGAGGAGGAGGAGGAGGAGGAGGAGGAGGAGGAGGAGGAGGAGGAGGAGGAGGAGGAGGAGGAGGCGGAAGUACCAGGUACCCAGGUUGGAUCUAG